CGCACAUACACACUCUGUUCACCGAACGUGCGCUCACAGUCACAGCGAAAACUGUUCGACCUCUGCUUCUAACUCUCUUCGCUUCGAUCUCUAACGCUAAGCCUUCCAGCUUCGCUCUUCGAGCUCUGCACCAACUUCUCCCAUCCGAGCCUGUCAUCUCCAAGCUCACAAAAAUGCCUCUCAGGCUUGAUAUCAAGAGAAAAUUUGUGCAAAGAACCGAGAGAGUUAAGUCUUUGGAUCUGCAUCCAACUGAACCAUGGAUCCUUGCAAGUCUGUAUUCAGGAACCGUGUUUAUUUUCAAUUACCAGUCACAGAGCAUGGCAAAGUCUUUUGAAGUCUCUGAAUUGCCAGUUCGGUCAGCAAAAUUUGUAGCGCGUAAGCAGUGGGUAGUAGCUGCAGCUGAUGACAUGUUCAUACGUGCAUACAAUUAUAAUACGAUGGAUAAGGUUAAAGUGUUUGAAGCACACUCAGACUAUAUUAGAUGUGUGGCUGUCCAUCCAACACUUCCAUAUGUUUUGUCAUCAUCCGAUGACAUGCUUAUCAAACUGUGGGAUUGGGAAAAAGGUUGGAUGUGUACUCAGAUAUUCGAAGGGCAUUGCCACUAUGUGAUGCAAGUGACCUUUAAUCCUAAAGACACCAAUACUUUUGCAAGUGCUUCCCUGGAUCACACUGUAAAGAUCUGGAAUCUUGCCUCCCCUGACCCCAAUUUUACGUUGGAUGCCCACGUGAAAGGGGUAAAUUGCGUUGAUUACUUCACUGGUGGUGAUAAACCUUACUUAAUCACAGGCUCAGACGAUCAUACUGCAAAGGUGUGGGACUAUCAGACAAAAACUUGUGUUCAGACACUUGAAGGGCAUACUCACAAUGUAUCUGCAGUAUGCUUUCAUCCGGAACUUCCAGUUAUAAUUACUGGUUCUGAGGAUGGAACUGUUAGAAUAUGGCACUCAACGACUUAUCGGCUUGAAAACACACUGAAUUAUGGGCUUGAACGUGUUUGGGCCUUUGGGUAUAUGAAAGGUUCACGUCGGAUUGUAAUUGGUUAUGAUGAAGGAGCCAUAAUGGUAAAAAUUGGCCGAGAAGUACCAGUUGCUAGCAUGGAUAGUAGUGGGAAAAUUAUUUGGGCUAAGCAUAAUGAAAUUCAAACUGUGAAUAUCAAGAGUGUUGGAGCAGAUUUUGAGGUUGCAGAUGGAGAAAGAUUGCCUUUGGCCGUGAAGGAGUUGGGAACCUGUGACCUUUAUCCUCAAAGUUUGCAGCACAACCCGAAUGGAAGGUUUGUUGUUGUUUGUGGAGAUGGUGAGUACAUAAUAUACACAGGUCUAGCAUGGAGAAAUAGAUCCUUUGGCUCAGCAUUGGAAUUUGUCUGGUCAUCUGAUGGAGAAUAUGCUGUUAGGGAAUCUACUUCAAGGAUAAAAAUUUUCAGCAAAGCAUUCCAGGAAAAGAAGAAUGUUCGACCAACAUUUUCUGUAGAACACAUUUAUGGAGGGGUCUUACUGGCAAUGCGCUCAAAUGACUUUGUAUGCUUCUAUGACUGGGUGGAAUGCAGAUUGAUUAGACGAAUUGAUGUCAAUGUCAAGAAUGUUUAUUGGGCUGAUAGCGGUGAUUUGGUGGCAAUUUCUAGUGAUUCAUCAUUUUACGUUCUAAAAUACAAUAGGGAUAUAGUCUCAUUGUAUUUUGACAGUGGAAGGCCUGUUGAUGAACUAGGUGUUGAGGAUGCCUUUGAGCUCCUCUUUGAAAUAAACGAGCGUGUCAGAACUGGAUUAUGGGUUGGGGACUGUUUCAUUUACAAUAACUCUUCUUGGCGACUAAAUUAUUGUGUUGGCGGUGAGGUGACCACAAUGUUUCACCUAGACCGGCCCAUGUACUUGUUGGGCUAUCUUGCCAAUCAAAGUUGCCUUUAUCUAAUUGAUAAAGAGUUUAAUGUCAUGGGAUACACCUUGCUUCUCAGCAUGAUUGAGUACAAAACACUUAUUAUACGUGGAGAUUUAGAGCGUGCAAAACAAAUUUUUCCAACAAUACCUCCAGAGCAACAUAAUAGUGUGGCUCGUUUUUUGGAAUCUCGAGGUAUGUUGGAGGAUGCACUGGUAGUGGCUACAGAUGCUGACUACAAAUUUGAUCUUGCUAUACAGCUGGGUAGACUUGAGAUUGCAAUGGAAAUUGCUAAAGAAGCGCAAAGUGAAUCCAAGUGGAAGCGGCUGGGAGAAUUAGCUAUGUCCACUGGGAAGCUUGAAAUGGCUGAAGAUUGUCUAUCAUAUGGAAAGGACUUUUCUGGCUUGUUGCUUCUUUAUUCUUCUCUUGGAGAUGCUCAAGGAAUAUUAAAACUCGCAUCCCUUGCCAAAGAGCAAGGAAAGAAUAAUGUUGCUUUCCUUUGUUUAUUUAUGCUGGGUAAAGUGGAAGAAUGCAUCCAGCUGUUGCUGGAAAGUGAACGGAUACCUGAAGCAGCUUUGAUGGCACGAUCUUACCUCCCAAGCAAGGUCUCAGAGAUAGUUUCAAUUUGGAGAAAUGACCUGAACAAGGUCAAUAGAAGAGCUGCAGAAUCAUUGGCGGAUCCGCAAGAGUAUCCUAAUUUGUUUGAGGACUGGCAGGUUUCUCUUGCCCUUGAGUCUAAAAGUGCAGAAAAUAGCGGCAUUCAUCCUCCUGCUGAACAAUACCCAAUUUAUGCUGAGAAGUCAACGACCAGUCUUGUUGAAAGGUUCAGAAGCAUGCAAAUUGAUGAAGAAGCCCCAUUUGAAAAUGGAGAUCUGGAUCAAGAGGAGGUACAGGAGAAUGGAGAAAAUCAAGAUGAAGGUGAGACUGUUGAGGAGGAAGAUGAUUCGACGAAUGGUGUUGUUCUUGUAAAUGGCGACCAGGGUGAAGAGUUGGGUGUAAAUGAUGAGAGAACACCAUCACCGUAAAGGCAAUUGGAGAAUGUGAAUAUUUCUGUGUUUAAGCCACAUCACUAGUUCUCAUAACAACAGCUAGAUCCAGCUGUUAUACACUGAUCUUCAGGGUGGCUUGUAAAAUGUUCCCGUGUACAACCUGGAAAGUUUCUCAUGUAGUUCCUUUUACAACUAGUUAUUCUUGUGACACUUUACACUUUAACAGAUGCAAAGGAUGUCAAAGAAGAAAGGCUCUCAUAAGUAUUGAAUCCUAUAAAGAUUUUGAUCAGAUUCCUCACUUUAUAUUAUACUCCUUAAGUUAGGUUUGGGAUAAAGAGGUUAGAAAGAGAACCAACCGGGACCGAUUGCUUCCCUUCCAUGGCCUGUGAUUUUGCAGCUAAAAAUGAAAUUAAAUCUCUAUCCUAGAUUCCUAUGUAACAUGUAUAAUAUGAUGUGUUGUUCAGCAUUAGAGAAAGUCAUUUUGUUUUU